AUGCUGGGGCAGCUUGCCCGGGCCGCCGUGCUGGGGGUGCCGGUCGCCGCCGUGCCCGGCAUCGCCGCCCCGCCCGCCGGCGGCGACUUGCACGUGAGCGUCACCUGCCCGGCGGUGCCGGCCGCGGAGGCCCGCGCCUGCCCCCAGGCGCCGGCGGCGCCGGUGUGCCCGCCGCCGCCCGAGAGCCCGCAGGGCACGUCCAAGGCGGAGGUCGCCGAGUCGCCAGGCCGGCAGGACCUGUCGCCGGAUGGUAACAUGUACCUCGGGGACUUCAGCGACGCCGUGGCCGUGCGAUGUCUGGGGCCGAACAACGAGGUGCCGGAGAGGGUACCUCGGAACCUGAUCUAUGACUUCGAUCAGCCCCCGUCGGCGGAGACGCUGCGCAAACGGAUGCAGGAGGGAGCCUACGCCGCCGGGCUAGAGGACCAGCGCCGCGGUUACGGCAUCGCCGUGUGGGGAGCUGGAGGCGCCGCUGGGGCCGCGAGCGCCGCUGGCGCCAAGCCGGCCGCGGCCCAGGCCGGCGGCGCUGGCCGUGUGGCGGCGGGAGCGCCCGCUUACGUGCCGGCCCAGCCGCCCGCGCCGGGGGCUCCCGGCGAGGGCGAGGACGGUGGGCCGGGCCCGGCGGCGCUCCAGGGCCACGCGUGCGUCAGCCGCGACGUCCGCCCGCCAGCGGGGCCGACGGUGCGGCCGGUGACGGUCGACACGGUGCGCUGGGUGGCGGCCGCGAGCGUGGUGUACCCUGGAGGCAGCGUGGAUCGAGGGGACGACGAGGCGAUCAGCGGGUCGGAGAUGGUGUCGGGCCGCAAGGGAGUGAUCGUGCUGAUGGGGGUAUCCGUGCUGAUGGGGGACGUCGGCGACGGCGAUGUGGAGGUGUACAGGUCGAGGGAGGCCCAUCAUGACGCGAGGCUGCUGAAGAUGCAGAGGGACUCUCGAGGUGACGGCCACCGCCCCUGGCGCGACGUUACGCGCGGUGUGAGCGAGGUGAAGCAGACGGACUGGCCCUCGUCGGGCCCGCAGACGGCGGAGUGGUGCACAAGGUUCCUUGACCGUCGGAGUGAGGGGCCCGUGGGCUGGAGUCGGCGCUGGCGAGCCGACAGCAGGCUGGCGAUGGACCAGUGGGCCGUAUCCGAGCACGAGACGCUGGCGAAGGCCAUCGAGCGCUUGGGGACCCCCGACCAGUAUGACGUGGUGAACGUGGCGGCGGCGGAGUACAUCGAGCGACGGAUGCGGCUCAUCGAGUGCUUCUACUACGAGGUCUGCUGGCAGGCGGACGGCAGCAAGCAUCAGGACAGGAAGGGCGGCAAGGGCGUGCGCCUGGAGGAGAUGGCUGACCUCUCCGGGAAGCCGCGCGAGGACGGAGAGGUGAUGGUGGCGCCGGAGCUGCUGUCCUACUUCGCCACCGAGCUGGAGCGGGACUCUGGCAUCAGGAAGCAGAUGAGGGAAGCCCGCGAGGGACGGCGACUCGCGGGCAAGCAUGACCAGUGA